CCAGUGUGAGUAUGCGGGAAGAACAGUUUCCCGCCUUUCCCCUCCCCCCUCGAUUCUCUUUGAACUUCGGUGCGUCGGUGGAGGUGGGAGUUGUUGCAGUUACUCUCUUUGAAUUUUGGUGCGUGGGUGGCCUUGGCAGUUGGUGCAGUCUCGCCUGUCGUCUUGGGCCUUGGGCGCUCCUAGGACGAAGACAACAGCGAUGGCGUCGGCGAGAGGCUGCCGCCGCCUUCUGAGCUUGAGAGGAUUCUUGGUAGCUGGUCAUCGCCAGAGUUUGGGAGGAGCGGGCCAUGUAGGGGCAGCAACAGCAGCAGCAGCAGGAGGAGGAGGAGGAGGAGGGUUUUCACGAGUUGGGCAGCUGAGUUCUUUUGCCAGCCGAUUGCUCUCCUCAUCAAGCCACUCACAUCCGUCCACGUGGCAGCGAACUGGUGAUCGGCGGGAAAUGUUGCGUCCUCCCCCGGAAUCUUCCGCCGCCGGCCCCGCCGCCGCCGCCGCCGCCUCCUCUGCCGCUGCUGCUGCUGCUUCUGAAGAGGGUAGAUUUCGAGGCCUCACUGCGACUGGGGCAAUUCUGGGUGUUAUUGCGCGCGGUCCAAGUCAACGGAACAAUACGUGCGCAGCAUCUCUUGGCCAUGUUGACGACAACGUAAAUAAUAGGGAGGAGGGGGAGGAGGAGGAGGAGGAGGAGGAGGUAGUUUGCGCGGGAAACCUAGAAAUUUGUGGGCGGGGUGACAAAAGGACGAAGAGAGGCAAGAGAUUCAAAGGGGCUUAUGGAAAAUCGCGCGUAAAGAGGGGGAUUAAAGAAAGGACUAGGCGGCAAUUGUUUCCAACGGGGGUAAAUCCUCUGCCGUUUGGUUUCAGUAAUCAAGCUCGUGCGUUAUAAAACAAAAAAAGGCUUUUUCA